AUUUAAUGUAUUUGCCAUAACAUUUCUACCCAUAAGUAUAUCCGUAAUAUAGAUAUCCUCACUAUGGUGUACUUCCAUAAGUACCAUAGUAAUGGAGACCUCCUGUUUACAAUGCUCCUCAAUAUGGUUAUCCAAAUAUUAGAUAUGCACCAUCUUAUCCAUUGAAUCCAUAUGCUUCAACUAUAAUGCCAUAAGUAUACCAACCACAACCAAUGAUGAGUCAAAUAAUGGCUUCACCUUAAAGAACAUUCUAAUCUCCAGAUAGAUUAAAAGUAGCAUAAUCCCCAACUAGAAAUAUGCUAAUGUAAUCAUAGUAAGUUCCAAGAUCUCCAGGUCCUUAACUUUAAUCACCUCAAAGAUAAUAUCUUACUUAUGAAUAAGUGUAAGAAAGAUUAAGAGGUGUUUAAUAACCUUAAGCUUAAAAACCAUAACAGACAAAUAAAAGUAUUUUCAAAUUUGAUUUUUAGAUGCUAAUUAUCCUUAACCAUAACCUAAUUAAUAAAAAUAAAAAUCACCACCUCCUCAGAAAAAGCAAUAGGUUCCAUAAAAACAACCAGAAGAUGACUUAGAUAAAAGAUAUUAGAAUGCUCUUAAAAGUACAGAAGAAAUUAUUAAAAAAUAUCAGAUGGAUGAUUCUGGAAAUAAAGAACAUUAAAAUAAUCAAGCAAAUGAACCUUAAGGGGAUGAAGAAGAUGAAAAUGUUUAAGGUAUUUAAAUUCUAAUUAUUUCUAGAAUUGGCUUUACAAUAUGAAGAUGGAUAUAUUUAUAGAGGAUAAGGAUAUCCACCUUAAACUAGAAAUGGAUUUGGUAUUUUAACAGAUUAGGAUGGAAAAUAAGUUUAUGCUGGAUAUUGGAAAGAUAAUCUCUAUGAUGGUUAAGGAAGAUUAACUAAUCUUUAGACUGAAGAAUUAAAUGAACCUAUUGAUUGGAAUAAUAUGACUACUAUUGGCAAUGGAUGGGCAUCAUAUGAAGGUAAUAAUCAUUAAUAUAUACAAUUAAAGGGAACUUUUUAUAAGGAAAAAUGCAUGGAUAAGGAACACUCAUUCUUACUAAUCAAGAACAAUAUUUCGGAGAAUUUGAAGAAGGUAUGGUACAUGGAGAAGGAGAAUUUACAACUGCUGAUGGAACAGUUAUUAAAGGUAAAUGGGAUCAAGGAUACUUAAUUUAAUUAUCAGAAUAAGAAUGA